AUAUGAAGUGUAUUGUAUUUACGGAUAUAGGACUGCAGUUUAAAUAGACAUCAUACAACUUCCAUGGUCAUCUGCACGUUUGACGUUAGAGUGUCUUGUAUUUCUACAUAAUUGUGCUGCCUUAUGAAAGUAUCUUAGUAAACUUUAUGUUAUUACAUUAAUUUGAUAUAAGAAGUUUAACACGUGUAUUUUUCUACUCGUUUUUUCAAGAACAUACUUAUUGAUACUCUACUGUAUUUGAAUACAAUUACACUGGAAUUUUAAUGAUAUAAAUAUGAUGAUCUACUUGAAAUAAAAUACGAGAAUGCUGAGGUUAUUAAAGUGGUAGUUUUUUUGUGCAUUUGUUCUGUAUGGGGACCAGACUAAGUGUUACCAAAUAUGAAAAUUAACAUUAAUGUGUUUCUGUGUGUGUUUGCGCUACUAGACGUAUGCAUUUUUGUCGAAGGUCAUCACUUUUACGUUUCGGAUCAGAAAACACAAUGGGGGAAAAGCAAUUGCUCCCUGGCUCUCCCAUCUUUCAAUUACACUGACCAUGGUAUCUUUGCUGAAACAGAACAUACUGCAAAUUUGUCAUUCCCGGAUGAGGGUUUAUGGGUUGGUUUGUUUCAAGCUAAUCUCAGUUUUGCAUAUGUCGGUUGCAACGCGAUGAAUAAUAGCGGCGUCGACAUCGUGCACAAUAUAAGUGAGUGCAGAUGGAAGAGCCAAUGCAAUACAUUUGCAAUAAGAGAAACAGACAAUGAGAAGAUCGAGUGCAAGUGUUUUGACCUUGGUGAUAUUGCUAGAGAAACGGAAUGCACGUCGACAUGCAAGUCAACCGAUGAAUAUACAUGCGGCCGAAAAGGACAAAAUUACUUUUCAGUGUACACAGUGGAAAAUGUUUCAAUUUCAAAGUGCUUUUCCACUAGUGCAAGUGAGAGUAACUGCCUUGGAUAUUAUAACCAAAUAUUUGCGUGGAUAAGUUGCACGACAGCGUGGAAAAAAAGUAUAUUUUGUAGCGAUCAGCCUUAUUAUGCCACAGAUGCAAAUAUUUCUGUGGCUGAUCCUGAUUCUAAGUCCUGGGCAAAAGGUGGAAAAACCUGCUUUGAAAGAAACGAGUACCCUGCAGCUUUCAAACACGUCAACUCUUCUGAGAAACCAUCGGGCCCAGUUCGGUGGACUGGAGUCAUCCGAAUGAGCUCGCUACUACGUUUUGACGAAAUGUACACCAUCUGUGAACCAAAACAGUAUGCAUAUGUCACACUGGAUGAUAUGACACUUGAAGUGCGGUUCGAAGACAAAGUUUCGGUGAAUAGGAAGAGUCUUUGUGAGACGCCUGAUACGAUUACAACAACAAUAACUUCAACAGAUGUCCAUUUGACAUCAACAUCAAAACGUUUUGAAAUGAUGACCAAGGAUAAGGCAGAGAGAGCUGAUACGACGACAAAAACAAUAACUUCAACAGAAAAUUUGACAUCAACAACAAAACGUUUGGAAAUGAUCACCAAGGAUAAGGCUGAGAGAGCUGAUACGACGACAAAAACAAUAACUUCAACAGAAAAUUUGACAUCAACAUCAAAACGUUUGGAAAUGAUCACCAAGGAUAAGGCUGAGAGAGCUGAUACGACGACAAAAACAAUAACUUCAACAGAAAAUUUGACAUCAACAUCAAAACGUUUGGAUAUGAUCACCAAGGAUAAGGCUGAGGGAGUUGAACCACAAAUUCCGAUUACUGAGAUAUCUGCCGGCGUUUCAACUGCCGUCGUUCUAGUGAUACUAGUCGUCAUGAUCAUCAUACUGUGGAAGAGGGGAGGGCUACGUCGUUUUGGGGGUGAUACAAAGACACCACCAAAUAAUGAAACCCCAAUGCAAUACCUAGAUACUGAGUACACUGAGCCACAAGCACGUGACCAUCCAAAGGCAUAUCCAAAUCAAGGUUAUUCCAUGAACGAAGAAUUGCCCAUGUCAACUAAAAAUAUUACUUCAGGAAAACCACAAAUAUUGGACGAAUAUGAGGAUGUUAACGAUUUAUCUAAUACUAAAAUCAAUCCACAAGGUAUUCAACUAAAUAUCGGUAAUGUACACAACAACAUCAACCGCGAUAUAGAAGAAUAUGACCACCUUAACCACUCAGGAAUCCUAGACCACGCAAUUUCUCAACCAAUAAACGACUAUGAUUCCGCCACCGCCGCAAUAGGUGAAAACCAGGAGGACACAUAUAACCAUUUGAAUGAACGUCCUAAACAGAGACGGAUUACAGAGAAUGAUUACGGAGUACAAGACAAGAACGAAACUAAGGACAUUUAUAACAAACUGAAUGAACGACCUGAACAGAAACACAUGAUGGAAAACAUUUAUGGAAUGCAAGACAAAAACGAAACUGAGAAUGAAUAUGACAUAUCAGUUGAGAGACCAGUCAUGUUCAAAGAUAUGUCGGAAAAAGCUAGUGGUGUUAACUAUGAUAAGGUUAACAAAAACUGGUGAUUUAGGGAUUGAGUUUUGUGUUGUUGUUUCAUGUUUCUUGUUUGUGAUAUGUUGUUUAUGAGUUAUAUGUCUUUGGCGUUUACCCUGUGCCAUUAAAUGGGGUUAAUGUUGAAACUUUUGGCUACUGAGCUUGUUUUUGUAGUUUUUCAUAUAAAUAUUGAUUCUUUUUUUCGGGCGUUCAUGCAGUAUGAACGCUAGUCCGUGAUUUUUCAAGUCCAUGAAGCGCGUUAAUCAAUCCUUAUAUUUAAAUUUCCACUUUUCAUUCCGUUUUUUUGUUUAUAAAGAAAAAAAAUUAAAUUUUAAUUUGUGUUUUAUAUAUGCAUGACAAAGGUCACAAAAGGUCGACCGGUUCAUGCAAGAUGAAAAUUAAUCUUAUCGUUCAGAACAUCAAGUGCGAAUGUGAAUAUUGUACAAUGACGAUGCAAGUGAGACCCAGUCUUAGGCGGUUUUUCUUGACGCCAUGUAAUCGUACCGUUAUAUCAUAUAUAUUACAUAAAUUACUAUAACAAGUACUUUUUGUUGUUUGAGGAUUAUUUAAACAAUUAUUGUGUGCCUUCUCCUAAUCAUGUGUGUGUAUGUUUCAUUGUAAAUAUUUGUAAAUAUUGUGUUUGUCCUCAUGGGCCGUAUGGCUUAUUGGAUUUUAAAAUAAACUCCCUUCC